AACAAUUUGCAUACCGAAUCAUAACUUUUCGUGAAUCAGAAGUUUGCAAAAGCUGAUUAUGUCCCCUGUAUGGACACCAGAACAGAAACCACCUGACCGAACUGCACUAUCUUGUCCUUCACAUGAUGCUCUCAUUGUUUUAAGAGCCCUUAGGGAAGCAUAUAAAAAGAAAAGAGAAGAUACAUACCAGAUCAAGACAGAAGCAGGAAAUAGUAAAUCAAGUGGAAAAUAUUAUGAAACCCUUUAUAAGAAGCAAUUUGGAACUUAUAAUGCGGCUAUCUCUUCGGUGUCCUGUGAUGCUGUACAUGACAGGAACAUGGAUGAUCUUGGUAUAAGAAUAAAGGAAGAACCAAUCAAUGACUGUGAUCCUUCUCAAGGUUUUGUGAAAAAUGUAUGUCGGGAUGGUGGCGAGGUUUACAGUCAAAAUGCAUCAAGACAAAAUAGAUUGGAUUUUGCUGCUGGCACAAUUGCAGGAGGGAAGGCCUCUCUGACAAUGAAUCCAGCCAUGUCAUCCUUAGGAAUGCAUUCUUAUGUGCCAACCUCAGGAAUGAAUUCUUUUGUGCCAACAUCAGGAAUGCAUUUGUAUGUACCAACCACAGGAAUGCAUUCUUUUGUGCCAACCUUGGGAAGUGAUUCAUGUGUGCCAACAAAUUUAGACCUACAAACCUCAGGAAUGAAUGCUUAUGUGCCAACAAGUGGAGAACCUGUAACCUCACAAAUAUGUUCUAGUGUGCCAGCAUGUCCACCACUCUCAAUUUCUGAUGACUCGGACAUUGAACCGUGUAGUGUAUCUAGCGACUCUAAUAGAUUCAACAGAACUACUGUGUCUACAACAUCAAAUAGAAAUAGUUUAGUAUGCCAAGGUGAGAUACAAGAACCUCAGUCUAGUUGUAUUAAUAGUAGUGAACAGUACUUUUCUGCAUCAACAAAUCUACAACAUAAUUUUUCAGAAAACCACUCAAGUUUAAAUUUAGCACCAGGAGUAAAACACCAGGCUAAUAUUAAAGUGUUAGGACAUGGAAACCAUGAGAGAAACCCACUUGGUGGUAGUACACAGACAUUGGCAGGGCUAGAGGAACCCAAGGCUAGGUCAAAGAAAGUAUUUUCAGGUGGAUCACAAAGGCCAGCUUAUAAGACUGGAUUACAUAUGUCAUCAUUGUCAAAGCAUUUAAUGAGAAAUAAGAAUCCAGUGGAAAAAGAAAAAAUACCCAGAACAAGUAGAGACUGUUCAUCUAUUGUAGUCACAUCGAUUAGGCCCAAAGAAAUAGCUUUAAUAAAAAGAACCAAAAGGCCUAGAAGUAUUUAUGAUAGUUUAUCUAGGUCUACUGAAAAAGGUGAAGUUCAGGUAUUUGAUAGAAAAGCUUGUUCAGUUCAAGAUAAAGAGUAUGUAAGGUGCCAUGAUAUUGAGGGAGUCACAAACAACAAGCAAAAAACAAGACACACUCAGAAAGGCUUUCAGGUUCCAGUGAAGAAAUUCAAGGCAGUUGAUCAGCUGACACUCCAUCAGUCAUAUGCCAGGAAACUACCUUCAGUAUAUCCUCCUAAAGAUCUGAUUGAUGUCUUAAAGGCAGAUGAUUCAAGGAGGCAGCAAGUGGCCUGCCAAAUCAAUAAAGCAAAGACAGUGGCUUUAACAUUAGUCUAUUCUGACUGUUCUACACAGCUAAGCGGAGCAGCAACAAAGACCAAGUCUUCAAAAUUACACGCAGAUGAUAAAAGACCUGUUGCUGUCAUCCUGGUUGCCAUGGCAGUGGAGGAAGAAAGUAAACAGCAUGUGUUUGUGCAUGUACCUCUUUACAGCCAUGUUAGCAUUGUGGACGAAUGGAUAAGAAAACUCUUUCAAGAUUUGAUGUCAAAUAGGUCAAUAAGUAAAGUGUGCUUUGGUGCUCAGAAACUGAUGCAUGUUCUGCUUGAACUCUACACAUUUAACUCAAGAGAAGUUUGCAGUAAAUGGCAAGUGGAUGAUCCUAAGUUAGCAGCUUGGCUACUAGAUGCUGACCAUUGCCCACACACCUUCACUGAACUUAGUGAGACCAUCUGCAUACAGCAGGCACCAAGUGAUUCCAAGGGAAGGUAUAAGGUGUGUGAUGAUCUUUUGCACAUGCUGGAAGUGAUGAUACAAUUGAGGAGAAAACUUGAAGAAUCCUGUCUACUACAACUCUACAAGCAGGUAGAGGUCAAGCUUAUACCAAUAUUAGCAGUGAUGGAAACACUUGGUAUUUCCAUUGAUACAAAGUUACUGUUACAGUAUGGAAAGACUCUCCAGGAAAAAAUUAAUGAGGUGGAAAAAGAAGCGAUGGACAUGGUUGGUUAUUCUUUCAACAUCAACAGCAAUCCUCAAUUAAGACAGGUACUGUUUGAUGAGCUGAAAUUAGAUGAGAAGUACAAGCAGUCUAAGGGGAAGGCACUGGCUAGAACUGCAGUCCUGCAGUCUAAAUCUACAUCUGAGUCUGUUCUGUUGAAGCUGAAGCCAUUCCAUGGUCUCCCAAGCCUAAUCUUGGAAUACAGACAGCUAGUAAAAGUGAAGUCAACCUUCAUUGAUGGUAUACUGGAAAAAAUUGAGAAUGGUAUGCUCCAUACAUGCUGGGACCAAACUGCAGCAUCUAGUGGGCGACUUACAUCUACUAAUCCAAAUAUUCAAAAUAUCCCAAAGAAAGUUUUAAUGAAUGCAAUGAAAGAUGAAAGUGCAAUAGAGGGCAGUGUCGUCACCAUCAAGCCAAGAGAAGGAUUCAAAGCCGCAGUGGGUAAAAUGCUCAUAGCUGCAGAUUUUCAGUCCAUAGAGCUCCGUCUACUUGCUCAUUUAUCCCAGGAUGCAUCACUCCUUGCUGUCUUCAAUAACCCAGGCGUAGCUGAUAUAUUUGUUGAGUUGACAACACAUUGGCUAGGUAUUCAAAAGGAGAAUGUGACACCUAUGGACCGGGAUCGUACAAAAAGGAUUGUGUAUUCUGUCUUCUAUGGAGCAGGUACAGAGAGACUUUCAGAAACAUUGUCGGUUACCACAACCCAAGCUAAAGAAUUACGUUCCAGCUUCCUAGCCAAGUUUCCGCAGGUAAAACAGUUCACAGCCGAUUGUAUCAGAAAAUGCUGUAAGCAAGGCUUUGUGGAGACCAUCUUCCAUCGACGUCGAUUGCUGCCAAACAUCAAAUCGGCCAACUUCCAUGACAGAUCGUUUGCUGAGAGGCAAGCUGUUAACUUUGUAGUUCAAGGGUCAGCUGCAGAUAUAUGCAAGAGUGCUAUGAUUGAUGUUGUCAGUGAACUAGCCUCCCGACCAGACUUGAAGACUCAACUCCUUGUGCAGAUACAUGAUGAAUUACUGCUUGAGAGUCCAGAUGAAGAAGUGAACACUGUUACAGAGCUUUUGGAGUCAGUGAUGGAAUGUACAACUCAUUUGUGCAGCUCCUUUACAACCCUCACGGUCCCAAUUCCAGUGUCCAUUACUGUUGGAAAAACAUGGGGUGACAUGGUACCGUGGAGAAAAUACACUACCACCAAGUAGACCAUUCAUGGUAUGGAUAAGAUAUGGUACACCAGCACCGACUAGAUGACACCACUCAUUUGUUACACAUGUUACACCUGUACAAGGGAGUUGCUAUACCGAGUAUAUGACACAACUCAUUGUUACAUAUGGUAUACCAGUACUGAGAUAACACCACUCAUUGUUACAUUUGGUACACCAGCACUAAGUAGAUGACACCACUCAUUGUUGUUAUAUGGUAUGCCAACACCCAUUGUUACAUAUGGUACACCAGCACCACAAGGAUGACAAUACAGUACAUAUUGUUACACAUGGUGCACCAGCACUGAGUGAAUGGCACCACUGAUUAUUGUUACAUAGUACACAAGCACCGAGGGGAUGACACCACUCACUCAUCUAUUCAUAUGGUACACCAGCACCGAGGACACAACUCAUAUAGGUAGUUACACCUCCAUGGUUACACAUGGUACACCAGCAUCAAGUGUAUGACACCACUCGCUGUUACAUAUGGUACUGCAGUACAAACACCACUCAUUGUUACAUAUGGUAAACCAGCACCGAGUUGGUGACACCACUCACUGUUACCUAUGGUACACCAGCACCAAGUGAUGACACCACUCGUCACAUAUGGUACAGCAGUACCGACACCACUCAUUGUUACAUAGGGUAAACCAGCGGCGAGUUGGUGACAUCACUCGCUGUUACAUAUGCUACACCACCACCAAGUGGAUGGCACUCAUAAGAUCAGAGUACAGUAUAUUGGUGUAUGCUGCUCAGUUCAUUUAAAUCUUUCAAAAUAAAUUUGUUUGAGGCAAUUUGUAUUAGUUGAUCAUCUCAUCAUCAUUAUCACUAUCACCGUCUUCAUUAGCCUGCAUGAGUAUUUAAAUAACUAACUUGUUUAGGAUAUGUACCAUCAUCAAUAUCAAUGCAUUAUUGGUACGAUUAUUGUCUCUUUUUACUGUAUAUAUUCAGGGUUGCAAAUAAUCAGCUUUGGCUGGUCGAACCACCCUCACAAGAUAAUACAAGUAAUUAAAUAUUUGCAAUGUUCAAAUAAUUUUAAAACGUUACAAA